GUUAGCGUUCACGUAAUGGAAAUAUGUCCAGGCAUUCCUUGUGAAGUUUACCCAUUGGGUGACGGACUGAGACGUUUUGGAAGUGCAUCCCGAAAUAAUCUAGUGAAUCCUGGAGAUAAAUUAAGUUUUUUUUGUGAAGAUGAGUAUGAUAUGGAGGGUUCUGAUGAAGUUCAGUGCUUAGACACGGGGAAGUGGGAUGCCCCGUUUCCAACCUGCUCUGAGAAAUGCAGAAUACCAGACAUACCCAGUACUGUUCGCAUCACUUCAUCUGUACAAGGCAAUGCUAUAAGUAAAGGAGAUACAUUGUCAUUUGACUGUCGUCAACAAGACCACGUCAUGCAAGGGAGUUCAACAAGUAGCUGUUUGGGAAACGGAAAGUGGAGCACUCCACCGCCUGAGUGCACAAUAAUUCCCUACAUGGAGCAAAAAAAGAAACGAGGCCAAAAGAAAUUUCCAAACAAAGUUCUGGGUCAGGACCAAGUCUAUCUAUCCGCAGCUGCUGCACAUUGUUCAGCACCACCAACUCUUGAAAAUGGAGAUACCAAAUUAUUCAUCAGAUCAGAUGCAGAUUAUCAAAUUGGUGACAGAGUUGAAUAUAUCUGUCAGAAUAAGUACAUUAUGGAUGGUGACCCAUUCAAAACCUGCGACAAAGGUGUAUGGAAAGGAAACAUGAGAUGCCUGAAACCCUGCACUGUAUACGGGGAAUCAUUGCGUGCACAUGGUAUUACCUUUAAAAUUGGUGAUGUGACUAAGAUGUAUGCACCACAUAUGGAUCAUCUCACAUUUCUUUGUGUGUGGGGUAAAAGACAUGUUGGUCCUGUGCCGAUGCGUGUUCAGUGUAUUGAUGGUCAGAUGACCCUGCCUACCUGCGAGUAAAAGUAUGAUUUAUAUGAUUUGAGGUUAUUGACAUGUCACUACUAGCGAUUGAACGGCUUUUGAAGGAGUCUCAGUUGGUAAGACCUGUUCUUUGUCUUUUAAGACUUUGCUUAAUGCUCUCCCACACGUCAACAGCUAUUGCUAUUUUUAUUUAAUGAACAAUAAUUGAAUCUGCGGAUAAAUACAGUAGAUCCUGUGAAGUGAAGGAUCACUUCACAUUUCUUUGUGUAAGGGGUAAAAGACGUGUUGGCACUGUGCCGUUGCAUCUUCAGUGUAAUGAUGGUGAGAUGGUCAGUAAUGAUGUAAUGAAGCCUAGGCACCAAUUCAAACUGGAAGACUCUUUCUAUCCCCACCGGCACCCUCUAUUUGGAGUGUCCCGCCUACCGUCGAUGUCCUAUCAAGCUGGACCAAGCCACGUCCCGUCCAAUCA